CUCGGAUGUUUGCCCUGCUGAUGAAGACCUUGUCUUUGCUUUGCUGAAAGCUGCAUCCCCGCAGAGGACUUUGCACGCCACCAUGCCAGCCCAGCAGAAGAAAAUUAUCUUUUGCAUAGCCGGGGCGCUGAGCUUUGCUUGCGCACUGGGGACCGCAGCAGCCAUCGGCACACAGCUGUGGGUUAAGGGGACAAUACUCUGCAAGACAGGAGCCCUGCUCGUCAACGCCACCGGCCAGGAGCUGGAGAAGUUUAUUGGCGAAAUCCAGUAUGGGCUUUUCUAUGGCGAGCGCGUGAGACAGUGCGGGCUCGGGGGGAGACCUUUCCAGUUUUCAUUUUUUCCAGAUUUGCUCAAAAUUAUCCCUGCAAGUAUCCACGUUAGUGUCAUUCUCUUCUGUACAGUACUGAUCGUCUUUGCUCUGGUGGGAGCAGGUUUCUUCAUGUUCAAUGCUUUUGGCAGCCCUUAUGAAACUCUGCAUGGCCCCAUUGGCUUGUACCUCUGGAGUUUCAUCGCAUGUUCCUGUGGUUGCCUCAUCAUGAUUCUCUUCUCUUCAGAAGUGAAAAUCCAUCACCUUUCAGAGAAAAUAGCUAAUUUCAAAGAGGGAAGUUUCACAUUCAAGACUCACAGUGAACAGUUUGCAAAUUCGUUCUGGAUCAUCCUGGUUUGCUCCCUGGUGCACUUCCUGAAUGCCUUUUUGAUACGACUUGCUGGAUUUGAAUUUCCCUUUUCAAAACCAAAAGAUUCAGGGACAACCAUUGGAGCAGUUGACCUGAUGUAUUAGAAUUACAUAAUUUAAGAACAUUUAAAGCAGAGAGGUUCAUCACUACUACAUUCAGCAACCACCAGAUGUACUAAGUUGUAGAUGAUUAGCUCUAAAGAAAUUAAGAAAGUCAAGGUUUCAAAUAAGUGUCAAUAUGGCAUAUGCAGUAAACAAAAGAAGGCAUACUAUUUGGAAAGGUCUAGAUCAAAAUAUCCUCUCUUUCUUGGGGUAAGACUUUACAAAGACAUUUUCUUUUUUUCCAGUAAGCUAUUUGAAAAGUAGCUGGUACGAAGAAAACUAGGAAUAUAAAUAACAUUGAACUGGACCUGGAAAGUACAAUAAAUGGGUUGCAAUAGAGGCACACACUAUCACCAGCAGCAUUUUCACCCUUUAGCCCUUAUGAAAGCAGGGAUACAGUUGUUACCACAUCAGGGUAGCUGAUAACAAGGACACCCAGCAGAUCUACAAGCAUCAAACAAUAGAAAGAGAAACAUACGGCCUUUGCUCAUAACACACACCAGGCCCUGUCCCAAAAGCACAAUGCUGAGAAGCAGCCCAGCGCUAUAGCAAGUGCUUGCAGGACAGUCCCAAAAGCCCUCAUUUCCCUGUGCGAUCGCACUAACUGGGGACUUAAUGAUCUUGGUUAAAAAGAUGACCACAUCAAAGCAGGAUGUAGCUGAGAUGCCAGAUACUCCCUCCUGCUUGCCUAAGGGAGGCAGCCUGGCUUAGUGCUGCCAAACAAUACCUCUGCAACACACCACGGCAAAGAGCAUUUCCCAGAGCAAAGCGACAGAAAUGCAAACCAGCCACCCUUCACAUUGCGCUGCAUCCUCCCAAAGCCCCACGGUCAGAAACACAAGGAACCCGACCUAGAAAACAGCCCUGCAAACUCUCUCUCAUACCAAUCUCAUACCAAUAAGCAAAAUCAAAACCUUUGGGAAAAAGCAGCAAUGGAAUAGACAGGCUUACAAGUCUCAACAGAGACUGAUGAAGAAACACAUGAGGUUCUCUACCUCAAGGCAUGCAGGAAGCCAGAAUGCACAAAUAUAUCAGCCCUUGCACUCUUAACUUGUGGAAGUCAGUUAAAACAACAGCCCACUCAUCCCAGGUACAGCUACAGCAGCCCCGUUACAUACAGAGAGAUCAAAAGAGCAUUAUGCCACCAAACACUACCUCCACAGGAUUACGUGGGUGCCUUAGAGAUAAGGUGCUCCUCAGAGGACACAGAAACUACAUUCAGAGCAAACACAAGAGAGCCACAGAGGCAACAGCCACUGCACCAGCAGCCCAUUCACCUGCAGGUGCUGCAGUCUGCUUCUGCACAGCUGCAGGUGGGGAGCAAUCCCACCCAGCAUCCCUCGAGUCACCUGUGGUGAAAGCUAGGCCCAGGUACCUGUUAGGACUUGCCUCUGAAAACUAUAUGCUUCAAGUUCCAGCAACUUGCAGGAUGACCUCUUUGGCAUUUAUGCUAGAUUUUAUACUUCUACUAUGAAUGGCAAAAUAUUGCUGGGUUUUUUUGUAAAAGGUUUGUCAGCUAUACCCCUAUUCCACAAACCCUUUCACAAAGCAGCUCUGCCUCCCCACACGAUACCAUAUAUUCCUAGGUUGUAAUAAUGUGUAAGAGCUACUGCAAGUUGCCAUGAUGCCCAAUUUUUUCCAUCAUUUUAUUCUUAUUUAAUAUGCAUAUUCUUCUUAAUGUUAAUGUAUCUUCUUAAUGCAAAAAUUGUAUUACAUCUCAUGGUAUUGUUUAGUAUACAGCAAAUAAUGAGAAGUAAUGUUUUGUCCCUCUUGAUCCUGGUGUUUCAUGAAGCUGCUCUGCUUUGCAGCUCUGUAGCAGCUUUGGCAAUUGGCAGUGUACAGGAUCGGACAUAGAGACCACUGAUGUGUGUGUCUUUCUAAGAGUGAUCCUUGCCAGUCCUGAAGAAGGAGCUGACCCAUAUUGUAAAAUACGGAGUUGUACAGGCCUGUCUCAGCACAGAAGAUAAACCCGUUCCCGUCCCUUUUGCUGUACAAGAGAGAGCAGCCCCUGCCUCAGGGUUCAGGCAUUUUCAUGAGGGAUCACCUUGCAAAGAGCCCAGCUCCACCACUCCCCUCACAUCCCGUCCCAUCCCACUCACAAGCACGAGGCCAGCUGCUAUUUUCAUUUGUAUCCAGUUCCCAAGGCCAACAUAACAACUUCUUAGCAAAAUAAAAUUUAGACAAUAUUUGUGUUUGACCAGCUGAAAGUAACAGUGAGACCAAGCGUGACCUGCUCAGCUCACGCUCCUGGAUGAGCACCAGCACCUCCUCACUGGCUCACUUGUAAUCCAUAACCAUCAGCUGAAGAAAUUUUGCCCGGUUUAAUUUUUAGACUAACAUGUUUCACGAUUUAAAAAACAACA